GCGUACUACGCCCUUGUGGCUUACGCGAGGCGGCGGCUGGGCACCGCCAUUUUGGCCGAUGGCCGUAGGAACACGCUGUCCGACUGAAACGUGAAGGCAAAAGCUGUCUUGGCCUCAGCAGUCCCCACCGCAAGGGGAUCGCUUUCUCCAGAAGAGCUGGAUAUUCUUACUUUGUUACAAUUAUGGCAGACAAAUUAACAAGAAUUGCUAUUGUCAACCAUGACAAGUGUAAACCUAAGAAAUGUCGACAGGAGUGCAAAAAAAGUUGUCCUGUGGUUCGAAUGGGAAAAUUAUGCAUAGAGGUUACUCCCCAGAGCAAAAUAGCAUGGAUUUCUGAAACUCUUUGUAUUGGUUGUGGUAUUUGUAUUAAGAAAUGCCCCUUUGGCGCCUUAUCAAUUGUCAAUUUACCAAGCAACUUGGAAAAAGAAACAACACAUCGAUAUUGUGCCAAUGCCUUCAAACUUCACAGGUUGCCUAUCCCUCGUCCAGGUGAAGUUUUGGGAUUAGUUGGAACUAAUGGUAUUGGAAAGUCGACUGCUUUAAAAAUUUUAGCAGGAAAGCAAAAGCCAAACCUUGGAAAAUAUGAUGAUCCUCCUGACUGGCAGGAGAUACUGACAUAUUUCCGUGGAUCUGAAUUACAAAAUUACUUUACCAAAAUUCUGGAAGAUGACCUAAAGGCCAUUAUCAAACCUCAGUAUGUGGACCAGAUUCCCAAGGCUGCAAAGGGGACAGUGGGGUCUAUUUUGGACCGAAAGGAUGAAACAAAAACACAGGCAAUUGUAUGUCAACAACUCGAUUUAACCCACCUAAAAGAACGAAAUGUUGAAGAUCUUUCAGGAGGAGAGUUGCAGAGAUUUGCUUGUGCUGUCGUUUGCAUACAGAAAGCUGAUAUUUUCAUGUUUGAUGAACCUUCUAGUUACCUAGAUGUCAAGCAGCGUUUAAAGGCUGCUAUUACUAUACGAUCGCUAAUAAAUCCAGAUAGAUAUAUCAUUGUGGUGGAGCAUGAUCUAAGUGUAUUAGACUAUCUCUCUGACUUCAUCUGCUGUUUAUAUGGUGUACCGAGUGCUUAUGGUGUUGUCACUAUGCCUUUUAGUGUAAGAGAAGGCAUAAACAUUUUUUUGGAUGGCUAUGUGCCAACAGAAAACUUGAGAUUCCGAGAUGCAUCACUUGUUUUUAAAGUGGCUGAGACAGCAAAUGAAGAAGAAGUUAAAAAGAUGUGCAUGUAUAAAUAUCCAGGGAUGAAGAAAAAGAUGGGAGAGUUUGAACUAGCCAUUGUAGCUGGGGAGUUCACAGAUUCUGAAAUCAUGGUGAUGCUGGGGGAAAAUGGUACAGGUAAAACCACUUUUAUCAGAAUGCUUGCUGGAAGACUUAAACCUGAUGAAGGAGGAGAAGUGCCAGUUCUAAAUGUCAGUUAUAAGCCCCAGAAAAUAAGUCCCAAAUCAACUGGAAGUGUUCGCCAGUUGUUACAUGAAAAGAUAAGAGAUGCUUACACUCAUCCACAAUUUGUGACUGAUGUGAUGAAGCCUCUGCAGAUUGAAAACAUCAUUGAUCAAGAGGUGCAGACAUUAUCUGGUGGUGAACUGCAGCGAGUGGCUUUAGCUCUUUGUUUGGGCAAACCUGCCGAUGUUUAUUUAAUUGAUGAACCAUCUGCAUACUUGGAUUCUGAGCAGAGACUGAUGGCAGCUCGUGUCGUCAAACGUUUCAUACUCCAUGCAAAGAAGACAGCCUUUGUUGUGGAACAUGACUUCAUCAUGGCCACCUAUCUAGCAGAUCGGGUCAUCGUUUUUGAUGGGAUUCCAUCUAAGAACACAGUUGCAAACAGUCCUCAAACACUUUUGGCUGGCAUGAACAAAUUUUUGUCUCAGCUGGAAAUUACAUUCAGAAGAGAUCCAAACAACUAUAGACCACGAAUAAAUAAACUCAAUUCAAUUAAGGAUGUAGAACAAAAGAAGAGUGGAAACUACUUUUUCUUGGAUGAUUAGACUGAAUCUGAGAAUACUGAUAAGCCAUUUAUUAAAAGAAACAUUUACUGGGAUUUUUGUCAUAUAAGACUUUAAUCAGGUUUUAUGGCCCCACAUACUCUGGAGCUUGAAGAAUGAUUUUUUUUAAUGUAACAUCAAAAGCCAGGUAUAUUGUAAAUUAUAGUCUGAACACAGAAAAUGGCACUUUUCUGUUCUGAAUGAUAAGGCCCUUUUUGUGCUUAAUAUUCUAAAAUGAAGACAUUUCAAACUAUACAAAUUACCUCCAAGUUUUCAUGAUGUAUGGGAAGAUUUUUCAAUAGGUGUAUUAUAUUCAUGUACCAAAUGCUGACCAGUGUCGCCCCAUUUUCAAAAUCUAUCAAAGAUUUCUGUACUUAUCUGGUUUGCCAAGUAUGCCAGUAUAAUGAAACUGCCCUAUUUUAAAAGCCGGUCGAAGACUACACUGAUGAUAUUUGAUAAAUAAACUUCAGGACUAUAUUUAUUUGUUUUCAGUCUUUGCGCACUGUAUUUUCAGUGUAUGAUUCCUAAGGAAGAUUGCUGCAAAACACCACUGUUAGAAAAUGGAUAUUUGUUACCAACUUACACAUUAUUUUUAAUGUUUUUUGGUGCUUUUUAACAUCAUUAUCCAAAUAUUACUUUAGUGUCCCCUCAAGGAAAAAGGAAAGGAAAAAAAAAACUUCAGAUUUUUCAGUUUUUACAUUCUGUAAGAUUCUGAAAUUACUCUCACUGUCAUUUUUUAAACAUGCAUUUAUAUAAUCACUGAUCAAAAUUUAGGGCAAAGUAUUUCUAAAGAAUAUAUGCUACCCUUAUAAAUACAGACUCAGAAUUUUUAAGAGUGGUGCCUGAGAAUCUAUGUAUUUUUUAAACCACAGAUUUUUCUGCUGAGCAGUCAAGGAUUGUAAAGCACUUCCCCCGUGGCAGCAUCAAUGCAAGAGACAGCAAUACAAAGCAUCCCUUGGUACCAGACAUACUCGUUUCUAAGUUGGGACACAGUAGACAUUAUCAAAACCUUACUAAUGCACUGAACUGGAAUUAACUGAUAUGUGAGAAAGAAGGUUUACUAUAAAUAAAUAUUGGGGCAAGCAAAACAGAAAAAUUGGAGAGUAUUUGACAAGACUUUUUGCAGCUCAUUAUAAUAGAAGCCUUAAUAUGCAAAUGAAUAGAACGUUUGGUUUAAUUGGACUUUAUUAGGCCUUCUGAAAAUAAAUUUAUGUAAUUCAUAAAUACAUGUCUGUUGUGAAAAAUUCAAAUAUUCAGAAGUAUAUGGAAUAAAAAAUGAUCUCCUUACAUUACCCUCCAAGAGGUUACCAGUGUUUGAGUUUAUUCUUGCAUGCUUUUUUCUAUGCACUUUCCUAAUUGUGAAUAUGUAAAGGGUUUGUUUUGUACAUAAAUGGGAUUACACCAAAAUAAGUAGUUCUGGUUUUUAAGAUGGGUUAAAUGUGUGAUUAUUUCAAAUAUAUGUAGUGAAAUAAGACAAGUUUCUUUUAUUUACCAAUUCUAAAAAAAAUUUGGGAUAUGAUAAAAGCAUAGUUCUUUCUACUUACUGCCGCUUAAAAUGUGUAUUAAUUAUAAGAAAGUUUUUAUGGAAGUGAAAUUUGAAGAUAUGGAUUUAAACGUUACUUAGGUGUUAUAUGCUAUAGAAAAGGCCCAAUAUUGCUAACUCAAGAGUUUGUCACCAUCAAUGAAAAUAUUAUCUCUUGUAUAAAAGAGGCUACUUGGCCAGGUACAGUAUCCCAGCAACUCAGAAGACUGAGGCAGGAGGAUUGCAAGUUCAGAGCGAGCCUUGGCAACUUGGCAAGACUAUGUCUCAAAAAGGACUGAGAUGUAGCCCAGUGAGAGAGUACCCCUGAAUUCAAUCCCUGGUACCACCAAAAAAAGUAAGAAACUGCUUAAUAUGUCCUAAUUGGAAAAAGUCUUUAAAUACUUUUAAGCAGUAUACUGCUGCUAUAAUUACUUUCUUCAGUUUAACCUAAUUUUAAACCAUAAAUAUGUUGAAAUCCAGUCCUGUCUCAUCACUCAGUGUGUAGUAUGGUGUCUGGGAUAUAGUGGGACUACCAUAUUGAAGGAAUGAGCCCAUGUGCCAGAGAGAAAAUGGGAGGAGAGAAAACUACUCAGUUGUGCCUGGAACAGUGGCAACCACCUGUAAUCCCAGCUGCUGUGAAGACUGAGGCAGAAGAAUCACAAGUUCAAGGCCAGCCUGGACUUGAUAAGACCUUGUCUCAAAAAGGACUUAGAAUGUAGUUAAGUGGUAAAGUGCCCCUAGAUUCAAUCCCCGUACCAAAAAGGGGAAUUCUGUGAUUUCUUUCAUGUUUCUCAACAUAGGUAUAUGUCAAGCCCUGUCUUAAAUUUUAAGUAUGAAAUGGUUCAAAUUCUGGAGAAUCAGAAAAGAUUAUGCAAAGGAAAUAGCUCUGGGGAAAGUAAUACCACCUGUGGGUUGUUGGGAAUUAUCCAUGGAAAGCAGAAUACGCAUAUGACAAUUGAGAGGCAGAAAUGAGCAUUCUAAGAGAUGAGUAAAAGGAAACGGAUACAGGUACAUAGUGAUGGGCUUUCUCUGCCUUCACCAUCUGAGGUUGAAAAGUAAGGCCAGUUAGAUAAACAGCUAGAAUUAAGUUUUCACUUUAAUAUUUUUAUUCAUCCUAAUACUUUGAAACAUUCUGUCCAUUGAUGGCAGGACUAAACUUGCUAUUUUUGUCUACUGUUGUUCCCAAUGAAGUAUUUCCUUAUGUUGGUUUGUUAACUGAUGUACAGUGAGACAUGAAAAUUCUGAGAUCUACAGUGGCCUCAGUUCUUCCCAACCCUGUGCUCACCACCAGGUUCCUUCUCUGCCAGGUUGUUAGGAUAGACAGUGUCUGUAAACACAGGUGGUCAGUCAGAAUUGCGGAAGACUCCUACAAUCCUUUUCCAGUUUCUUAGUUCUCUUGCGGUUAGGCAGGACACAUGACCCAGAUCUGACCAAUUAAGUUCAAAGCAAAAAUCUUGCUUUCCUAGAAUGUGUCCUAGUUACUGAUUCUUGUGGAUGUGACACAGAGCAAGAACUUGUGACCACAAGGUUAAAUAGAUGUAAGGAUGCCGAGAACGCGCAUACUCUCACCUCGCAACACAACUGCUUGCAAACAGCUUUCCUCCAUGUUUCUUAUAAAGAAAUCUUUGUCAAGGUGGUUUUCUUUUGCUGGUCACCCAGGGACCUUGGCUCCUUGGCUGAGAUCUGCCCCUCAAAAGGCUUUCCAUUUACUUUCUGCCUGGUGACCCAAGUAGGAAUCACAUCUCAGUUAAUUUGCAGAGUCUUGACCUUGGAAACUAAAAUGCAGCCUUCCCAGCGGAUUCUUCUGGCAUUUUGUUUGCAGUAAUGGGAUUGAACCUAGGCCUGUGCAUGCUAGGCACCAGCCUGUUGCUUUUUAAGAUAUGGUCUCAAUAACUUGCUCAAACUGAGAAUCCUGCCUCUGCUUCCUGAGUAGAUGGGAUUAUAGGGAGAUGUUGGGGUUUUGGAGGGGCUGUUUUUUGUUUAGAAGAUCUGGAACCCAGACCAAUAGCGUUUUAUUUGUGGGGGUGAUACCAGGGAUUGAACUCAGGGGCAUUCAACCACUGAGCCACAUCCCCAGCCCUAUUUUACAUUUUAUUUAGAGACAGGGUCUUGCUGAAUUGUUUAGUACCUCACUUUUGCUGAGGCUAGCUUUGAACUCAUGAUCCUCCCGCCUCGUUGGGAUUACAGGCAUGCACCACGUGCCCAGUUCAAGUCUUGUCAUAGAAAAAGUUUACAUCCUGCCUUUAACACACUGUUAGCUUCACUCUCAUCCUUGCAUGUACUACUUCUCCCUUAUCUACCCAGUUCUUGGCUAAGGAAAUGGACAGCUGUCCCCAUCCAUUCUUUCUCAUGGAGCACUUAGACCACUUCAUGACUCUGCUUUCUGUCCCCACUUAUAAAAGUACCCUUUUAAAAUCACAAGAGCCAAGACAAUGGUGCAUUCCAGCUGCUGUGGAGGCUGAGGCAAGAGGAUCACAAGUUCAAGGCCAGCCUGAGCAACUUUGCCCAGAUCAUCCAUCCCCACCCCCCACCCCCGGCCAAAACAAACAAACAAAAAAUGUAGCCCAGUAGUGGGCAAAGUGUCCUUGGGUUCAAUCCCUUUUACUACAAAGUUAAAUGCUUCUACUAACACCCAAUUUCCAAAGUAAAUUACAGAAAACAUGCACCAAGUAACACAUCAGGUAAAUCCCUACUAGGGUGGUUAGUCCAAAGCUGUUUCUUUUAAAAAGAAAAUAAAGCCUACUACAGAAUUUUUGUCAAAAUCAAUUACCUGCCAGUUAAGAAGAUUAAAAUGAGUAAAAACUAAAAAACCAUGUUCAUUGUUGGCAUUCACCUUUCAUUUCUUUUUUCCUGAAUCCAAAUGGAAAAUAAAAUGUAAUUAAAGACUGGUCUGUUUCAUUUUAAAAAGGGUUGGUUGAAGCCUCAAUUUCUCUAAUGAACUCAUUAAAUGAUCCAUCAAAAAAACUUCAACAUGAUCUCUACAGCUCCUCUUAAGACUUAACCAAACUACUUAACUAUUCCGAGACACCCAUGAUUCACAAGAUAUAAGGAUGCAUGUCUGUGUAGGAAAAUUGGGAUUAGUGACUUCCUUUUUUGUUUACAUUCUCAUAUUUUCCUAGUUCUCAACCCAAGUAUUUCAAUGUUUUAUGAAAGCCUAAUACAUUAUUCUAAGUUAAGGAUAGGCCCUUCUAACUAGAGAACUUCAGAGAAACCCCAUCUCGCACUUCUUGAUGACCACUGACUUCACUUAAUUUCACCUUCUCUGGCAUCCAGCGUGUUCCCCUUCUCUCUGUUGACCAUGGACAAACCUGCUAGCCAACUUACAAAUGCUUCCCCAACAAAGUUGUCACGUUCUACUCAACUUCUAAAGCCGUCUCCGAAAACUCACAUAGCUGUCCAACUUGUGUUACGUUAAGUGGCGCUGGGGGGUGGAACCCAUAGGCCUAACAACUGUUUUUCCCCUGAAUUACAUCCCCAACCCCAGCUUUUUGAUCUUUACACUGGCUCAUCCUAUCCCUCGAGGUUCCUGUGCCUAUAAGAAUCAGGUCCCUUUCAGAUUCAUGUACUGAAUGAGCACUGUUUCAGGCUCUACUUUGUGAGGAAGCUUAACUUUCCUGAGUGUUCACUUUAAGUACAUUAAACAGAUACUAACUUAACAAUAUUCAGAGUUGGCUUGAUUUAAUAAAUAAAUGGAUUUAGCAGGGCAGAC